AUGCACACGAAGAUUUUUCUGUUGAGUAACAUGUAUCUAAUGUUUCUUUAUUUUUGUUUCCUUCUCUCAAACCUUGUCUCCUUAUCUUCCUCCCUCUUCAAAACUAUUACCAAUUUUCUUCCUCGCCCUCCUCUCAACUUUCACCCUAAUGUAUACUCAUUUUCUGACUUCCCAUUCUUGUCUUCUCUUGCCUUCUUUUUUCUCUGCCACCCCACCUCUCUUCUAUUUCACAAUAUACAGGGCAGUCUGCAUCGGCUUCUGACGCUUUUCGUAUUCCUCCUCGCAUGGGCAGCCGUCUGCGGAGCACCGAGAAGAACGGGCGACGGAAGUCUCUCGAGAUACAGUCCUGAAACAGAGCACACGAACUCUUUAUUUUUCGACGAUGACUCUUCGCAUCCAAUGGCUGCGAUAUCAGCGGUUGAAACAUUACGACAGACGCCGCCGAAAUCUCCAGAGGCUGAAAACGCGAAGGACACUUCAGCAAAUGCAGCAGCGGCGGAAACGGUGGCGGCACCAGGGUCAUCGCCGUCGACGUUAUUGAAAACGGGUAGCGAGCCAGCCAUGCGGAUGAACGCAAACGCCGUUCCGUCUCCGCUGGACUCUGUCAAUAUGAUGCCAGGGGUGUUCCCGGGAUAUAUGUCCCAGAGGGUCGUAUUUUCCGCCGAGCGCCCUCAAACACCGCCCUGGCCCGGCGAUCAUUCAUUCAAGCCGGAAGCCUUUGACGAAGAGGGCGAUAGUGCUAAUAAGACGGAUGAUUCGGAGGUCGCACAUAGUAGACGACGUCGCUCGUCAUCGGUCAGUGACUUGGAGGAGGUAUGUGAGAGUACCAGUGGGUGGAUAGUCAAAAAAUGGGGUACAGACAUGUAUGGACAAAACGUGACCAUCCUUUCCGAGAUAAUGACCGCUGGCAACAUUCAGGUAACGCAGUGGUUUUACGAGACGGCGUGCGCGCGUCCACAAGGCCUGCACGGCGUGCAAAGGUGCUUAGGGAUCGACAACAACAACUACGACUCGGUGUGCCUGACAAAGUCGGCAUGGGUCUACGCCAUGAUUCGAACAGCGAGAGGAGAGGAGGGGUGGACGUGGAUUGCAAUUAGCUCGUCAUGCAAUUGUGCAGUCAGACAGUUGAGUCUCUUAGAACAAAUAGGGCGCCGUAGUCGAUUAACGAGGCUGUAA